AAUGGUCUCAUUAGCUACACUCUUAUCGGCCAUCUCCUUUCUAAUCGGUGCUCUUAUUCCUUAUGCUGCUAGGUUAACGGUUGCCAAACUAUUAGUUAUUUCUAUGGAAAUUGGCGUAAGGGGUGGUGAAAUUGCUGCCAAAGUGAUUGAAGAUUCCGUACAAAAGCCGGAAGGCGAUAUAGCUAAUUGUUCAUUGACAGUGUGUACAACUGUUUCCUUAUUACCUUGCCUAAUUGGUUGUUUAGCAUUAAGAACCUAUAAGAAGCGAAAAGGAAUUCUCGAUACUUUUGAGGAAGUCAAAGAAGGUCAAAGCGAAAUAAACAAUAGGGGGAGGAAGUUCGGUCACCAGAUAAUAGAGGAAGAGGAUGAAGAAGAUUUAGACAAGGAAAAUCCAGUAUUUGACAAGCCUGAAUUAUUGGAAGCAAAGGAAACAACGUGCUAA